AUGCUUCGAGAUGAGGUUGUAAAGUCAUCCAAGUUACCAUGGGCCUCUCCUAUCGCGCUGGCAAAGAAGAAUGACGGCAGGCUGCAGUUAUGCAUCGACUAUAGGAAGUUGAAUGCCGCAACCAAGAUAAAUGCCUUCCUUCUCUCCCACAUAAAUGCCUCACUUGGCUCCUUACAUGGGCCGCAAGAGAAGGCAAGGGUAAAUAUCGAGUCCGGUAAUAGAGUCGGCGUCUCUCAAGCCUGA